AUGACACAACCUCCCCAACGCGCACCAACCAAACGCACCGUCCCCAAGAUCGUAGCCCCCAAACCACCCGCAAAUCCCAAGAAAGAAAAGCGAUACCCCUUCGACUCGCACCAAGACGACAUCGUAGUCAACACCACUGAACUCGACACCGCUCCCGGCUACAGGCGUGGUCUAGUGGACUAUCGGCAUAAACUCACGCUGAAGAAGACGUAUGCGCAUAUCACGACGGACUAUGCGGAGGAUAUGAAGAUGACGAUUCCGAAGGAUGCGAUUACGCCCUUAGGGUCUGAGGCGCGAGAUGAUGGGGAUGGGGAUGGGGAUGAGGAUGAGGAUGACGAUGAGGAUGGGGAUGAAAAGGAUGAUGAGAAGCCCAACGCCAACGCCGCCAACCCCAAGUCCAAGCGCGACGAACGUACCUACGUCCCCGAAGUCAGCGACACAAUCAUCGACUACACCAAGCUGCCCAAACCGCGCUGUAACCGCCCUAACUACGUUGAAUAUAUCUACCGCGCUACAACCACCAACCCCGCCGUCUUCCUCGCUAUCCUACGUGUUGCAGAGAGGAAUCUGCCGUUUAUAAAUUUCGACUCGGCGAUUACACAUUUACCUAAUUUAUUGGCGAAUGCGAGGCUUCCUGGUAUACCGGCCCUCUCAGCUCUGUCGUCCGAGUCAUCUGAUGCGUUGGAGGCGUCCGCAUCGUCAAACCACCCACAGAAGAAGAAAGCCAACCCACCCGCUUUCACAGAAGACACGCCCCACGAGAAGAAAGACGCAGACAUACCGAUGACGAUCCUCUUCUUGCCGAACCUGUACAAAGACGGGCGCCACGCACUCGGGUACUACGCCCUCGCCCCAGAAGCAGACCCAGACACAAAACAACUCAAUCCCGAAGACGUUGUGCAGAUCCUCUUCACGCCGUGCGGUAUAUCUGAUUUAGUGGAGGCGAGAUUGUUGGAGUGGACGCCUAUUGAUCCUGAUCUUAAAGCGCGGGCUGAUGAGAAGAAGAGCGCUGACAAGAAGGGCGAUGCGUUAGGAGGUGGGGAUGGUAAGGGGGAUGGGGAUGGGAAAGGAGGGGAUGCUGGAGAUGGAGACGAAGAAGAAGAGUUGACUGUUGAAUACAUUGAACAUGUGGCUGCGAGGGGGGGCGAGUGGUUGGAAAGGGAUGUAGUGGGGGAUUGGGAGGAGUGGUGUAGGAGUUUCAGGGUUGCGAGGAGGGUUUGGGAGAAGGUGCUUAAGGGGGUUGUGGAGGUUAGGGAGGUGGAGGAUGUGAAGGAGGAGAUCGAGAUGAAGGAAGAGGCUGGGGUGAAGGAGGAGGCUGGGGCAUGA